UCACACACACACACACACACACAGAAGUCAGCCGUUGUGAGGUUCUCAGAACUUUGACUCCUCGAGUGAAGCGACGCAGCAGAAAGAGUGCGAGCUAAGCGAAGCGCACGCCGCUGCAUGUUCACAGAGACUUAAAGCGGUGUGUUACAACCAUGACGACUGGAACCUCUGGCAGCGGGUGGAUCCUCUGGAUCACUGGGAUUCUGCUGGUUUGUGCAGCUGGGGGCCGAGCGCUGGAGCUGCUGAGGGCGACGGAGACGGCAGGAAGUCCUCUUUCUACUCCCAUGGUGCACUGCAGGUGUGCCAGCUAUCCCAACGUGACCCUUUGCUCCUGGCCUGGGACCCCCCACGUCCCGCCGCCGCGCUACAUCGCCACCUACAGUGAGAGACACAACCAGUCCUCCACCAAGCAGUGCCACCUCAUCCCACCCAGCUCCUCAGCCUCAGCAGCUUCCUCCACCUCACAGCAGCUGUGGCACUGCCAGCUUCCCAGCCUGAAGCUUCUCACUGACUACAUCAUCAACGUGACGGCGGUCUAUUCUGGGGGCAGCAGCUCCCAUCUGGCCAGUUUCAUGCUGGAGGACAUCGUGAAACCCGACCCGCCUGUGCACCUCCGGGUUUCCCAACAAUCGAAAAGCCUCUUCGUGUCCUGGUCUCCUCCCCCGACUUGGGACAACCUGGACAUCUUCCCCCUAAAAUACCAGAUACUGCACCAGUGGGAACACAGGGGGACACCGAAAUCUUUCAAACUGGGCCCCUUCGAGAGCACCCACAUGGAACUGAAGGGCCUGACCCCCGGGAGGCGCUACCUGUUCCGGGUGUGCGCGAAGGAGCUGUUGGACCUGGGCGAGUGCAGCACCUGGAGCUCAGCAGUACAAGUCACCAUAGCGAAGACCAGGCCAUAGAGACGCACUGUCCUUCAUUCCUUCGUCCUGCACCUCCACAGCUAAAUGCACGUGGGCUGCAGCUGCACAUGCAAUGCAAAACUCUUCAUACUGUUUUAUUUAUAAAGUAUUUAAGAACCUUUUACAUACUUUUGUCUUAAAUUAAUGAUAAAAAUAAAGCAUUUGUAAUGAACCCAC